CACGAACUUAGUGUUGGGAUCAAACGAAGUAGGUUGGUUUUUACGGCCUUCGUUAUAACAAAAGGUGAAUAGUAUCAAGUCGAACGGGUGUAUCUGCAUUUCUCGUCGAUCCGUACUUUUUACGCCACAAACCAUGACAUUCGAUAUAUUCCCCAGGCCCCAAAGGCUGUCAGCACGAAUAUGAGAAUGGCUAUUACCGUUCGGCUCAUAAUUCUCAUGGAGGAUUCUAGCUGGAGAAUUCCGCAGUCAUUCGCCUUUAAAUCCAUCGAUAAGCGGAUUCAUGCAAGAAAAUACUGGCGCAGUCACCUCGAAGUCGCGAAAAAGCCGCUCUUGGUGGAAAUCAUCCUGUUGCACUCUGGCAAUCAUACAAAGAAGGGCGCUUCCUCGUCUGAUGGUCGGGCCUUCUCGGUAUUCGCUUUCGAAUCCACCGACAAUCGGGUUCAUGCAAGAAAACCAUACUGGCGCAGUCACCUCGAAGUCGCGAAAAAGCCGCUCUUGGUGGAAAUCAUCCUGUUGCACUCUGGCAAUCAUACAAAGAAGGGCGCUUCCUCGUCUGAUGGUCGGGCCUUCUCGGUAUUUGCUUUCGAAUCCACCGACAAUCGGGUUCAUGCAAGAAAACCAUACUGGCGCAGUCACCUCGAAAUCGCGAAAAAACCGCUCUUGGUGGAAAUCAUCCUGUUGCACUCUGGCAAUCAUACAAAGAAGGGCGCUUCCUCGUCUGCUGGUCGGGCCUUCUCGGUAUUUGCUUUCGAAUCCACCGACAAUCGGGUUCAUGCAAGAAAACCAUACUGGCGCAGUCACCUCGAAAUCGCGAAAAAACCGCUCUUGGUGGAAAUCAUCCUGUUGCACUCUGGCAAUCAUACAAAGAAGGGCGCUUCCUCGUCUGCUGGUCGGGCCUUCUCGGUAUUUGCUUUCGAAUCCACCGACAAUCGGGUUCAUGCAAGAAAACCAUACUGGCGCAGUCACCUCGAAAUCGCGAAAAAACCGCUCUUGGUGGAAAUCAUCCUGUUGCACUCUGGCAAUCAUACAAAGAAGGGCGCUUCCUCGUCUGCUGGUCGGGCCUUCUCGGUAUUCGCUUUCGAAUCCACCGACAAUCGGGUUCAUGCAAGAAAAUACUGGCGCAGUCACCUCGAAGUCGCGAAAAAGCCGCUCUUGGUGGAGAUCAUCCUGUUGCACUCUGGCAAUCAUACAAAGAAGGGCGCUUCCUCGUCUGCUGGUCGGGCCUUCUCGGUAUUCGCUUUCGAAUCCACCGACAAUCGGGUUCAUGCAAGAAAAUACUGGCGCAGUCACCUCGAAGUCGCGAAAAAGCCGCUCUUGGUGGAGAUCAUCCUGUUGCACUCUGGCAAUCAUACAAAGAAGGGCGCUUCCUCGUCUGCUGGUCGGGCCUUCUCGGUAUUCGCUUUCGAAUCCACCGACAAUCGGGUUCAUGCAAGAAAACCAUACUGGCGCAGUCACCUCGAAAUCGCGAAAAAACCGCUCUUGGUGGAAAUCAUCCUGUUGCACUCUGACAAUCAUACAAAGAAGGGCGCUUCCUCGUCUGCUGGUCGGGAUCUGUCUGCUGGACAGCUUUCCCGGUAUUCGCUUUUGAAUCCAUCGAUAAACGGUUUCAUGCAAGAGAACCAUACUGGCCCAAUCACCCAAAAGUCGCGAAAAAAGCCGCUCCUGAUCUGUCUACUGGACAGCUUUCCGGUGUUUGCUUUCGAUUCCACCGAUAAAUGGGUUCAUGCAAGCCACCCCGAAAGUCACGAACAAACCGCUCUGAUAGAAAACAUGCCGUUUUUCGGCAAUCACACAAAGAAGGGUGCGUUCCCAUCGACAAGCGGGUUCAUCCAAGAAAACCGUACUAACGCAAUCACCCUAAAGUCGCGAAAAAAGCUGUUCUUGGUGGAAAUUAUCCUGGCAAUCACACAAAGAAGGGAUUCUAGUAACGAGACUCAGGGGCACAUUGGUCUGAUUACUCCUCACUCUGACACCGCGUCAUCCAGCAAGUUACACUAUCACAUUGGGAAAUUGGCAAUUUACAAUCGCUGUGGCUGGUUGGAAUUCAGAUAUUGCAUGUUGUCGUAUUACCAAUAGCCUUUUCUCAGAAAGCUCUCUUUCAAAGAGUCUGUUUUCUCCAUCCGUCUUUUUCGAAAUCAUUAAUAAUCCAAGCUCUGUCUCUGAAAAACAAGAAACUCCAAAGAUCGAAAGCAAAUAGGACAAAAUAAAAAGGCAGUUUCCUUUUGUAAAUGUUAACAAAAUUUGAC